AUGGACGUCGACGCGGCCGCACAGACGCACGCGCACGCACACCGCCACCGUAGCAAGCGUUCUUCCUUGGCAUCCGGCGACGUGUCCCCGACGGGCAUGCAGUACCGCGGGGUGCGGCGCCGUCCGUGGGGCCGGUUCGCGGCGGAAAUCCGGGACCCCGCGUCCAAAGCGCGCCGCUGGCUUGGCACGUACGACACCGCCGAGCAGGCCGCCUGCGCCUACGACGUCGCCGCGCGCUUCAUGCGUGGAGCCAAGGCGCGCACCAACUUCCCCGCACCCGUCGAUUCCUGGCCGGCGGGGUACUGGCCGUGGGGCCAGUCGACGGCGCAGGCGCAUCCGCCGGCGCAGCUCAACACCUUCAUCCUGCACAACCUCAUGAGCUCCUCCCCGCAUGGCUGCGUCCUCCUCCAUCACGCUGGCCACGGCCACUCCCACGUCAACCCCCCUCCGCCGCCCAUACCGACGCCACCGUCGCCUCGUCCCGCUGCUUCGUGCGCCGCUACGGUCACCAUGCCAGACACCGCCACGGCCUCGGCGUCGUCUGUUCCCGGAGCGGAAGACGACGACGACUGGGACUGGGCCGGCGUCCUGCAAGGGCGAGAUCCGCCGGAGACGGGGCUGCUGCAGGAUGUGGUGCACGGCUUCCACGCGAGCAGGCGGCCGCGCGACCACGUUCGCACUGCCGAACCUGACGCGUCGAUCUGGCUGCCGAACCAGGAGAGGCACGAGGCUUUCGGCGGCGUAUCCUCUUCUUGGGGCGCCGGCGACAACGGGUACGAGGAUGAGGGCGACUUCCCAAUGCUGCCGCAGGGGCUCCUCCAGGACGUAGUCCAGUACCCGCCUUUCAUGGAGGUCGUGGCAGCGCCGUCUGCCAUGGGCCGCAGCCGCAGGGCGUGA